AUGGCAUUUUCUACUCCUGCUACUAAUAUCACUACUAGUAUCAACUCCAUUCCUAUGCUAAAUGGCACGAAUUUUAAGGCAUGGCAAGAGAGUGUAAUGAUCACUCUCGGAGUCAUGGAUCUAGACCAUGCAUUAAGGGUUCUCAAACUUGCUAAUCUCACUGAUAAGAAUACCUCUGAUGAAAAGAAGGAGAUGGAAAAGUGGGAAAAGUCUAAUCGAAUAAGUCUUAUGGUCAUUAAGCGUGCCAUUCCAGAAGCUUUUAGGGGCAAUGUGUCCAAUCAGGUGGAUACAACUAAAGCUUUCCUUGAGGACAUUGAGAAGAGAUUUGCUAAGAAUGAAAAGUUGAAACUAGAGGAAGAUAGAUUGAAGCAUGAAAGGACACCGAGUGCUCACUUGGACUCUACCACAAAGGACAAAAGGAAGGACAAUAGGAGAAAGAAGAAAAAGGAAGCUACAGAAACAACACCGCAGAAGAAACAACAUAAUUAA